AUGGGUUGCGGCUGGUCAAGUGAUGCGCAAGCCGCUCUUGCGCGGCAUGAGUUUAAUUACAUGGAUGAUAUGAAGAGGGACCGUCCAGAGACUCCGGUGGCCGCGGCUGUGCAGCUGGACGUGAGGAACAGGCGUGGAAAAGGGAAGGACAUUAUUGCUGUUGCCACUGCAAACCCCACCUCUGUUUCCUACACCGAUUAUCACGGUCUCACCGUGGUCAUGGCAAAUGCAACACUGGGCAAAGUGAACACCGUAUGUCGUUGGGCUGACGCGGUACUUGAAAUUAGGGAGCAGAAUGGUGGCUAUUUCGUCGACCCGCGCAGCGACAGCACCUCCACAGCUCGUUGGGAAGGCAGCUUCUACGGCGACCCAGCGAUCUCGACGGUUUCCCCAGAGAGUUAUUCUUCGGCGCCAAAUCGACUCAAUGUAAGUAUGUAUUACACAGGGCCAGUGACGUCGAGCCGGCAGUUUGAUAAGUCACAGACGUCGAGAUAUUUUGACAAAUCACACUCUUCUAUGAGGCACACGGAAAAGUCUCAAGCGUCAAAAAGGCUGUUUGAAAAAACACCGACAAGAGAAAAUUUGGAGAUAGAGGAAGAAACACUACAGACGGAAGAGCUUUCAGGAAAGGAAGAGACGUCACCAACUGGUGAAGAAUCGCGACAGAUAACUCAAACCCCAAGAAGGCACUUUGUCGAAUAA